AUGCCAUACACGUCUUCGAUCAAGGAGUAUAGUCGAGAACACCGAGCCUGGAUCCAAGAUGGGAAGAAAUAUCGCAACACCAAAUCAUCAAAGGCUUUCAUCUGGCCGAAGGAUGGCAGAAACGGAUCAAAGUGGGGCCGUAUGAAGGACAUACUCCAAGACAAGGGUCCUGAUAUCCAUGUUGCAAUCAGCGCCGAGAAGAUGGAUUACAUGAAGAACCGACAACACAAGUCCCGCUGGUCAGGCUGGAAUUGCCUUGAUGACGGCGACGUGGAUCUCGCCAUGUCUUCGAAGAAGUAUGCGCCAUGGACAAGCAACGGUGCGCUUGGCGGACGAGCUCCAGGACUGAGCUACGACUUCCGCACCCGCAAAUACGGCAAAGCGAACAAGUAUACAUGGACGGAUGUCAAGUGGCAGCCAGAGCCCAAUACGCAACACGCAUAUCCAGAAGCGGUCCGGUCCUUCCAUGGUGAUUGGUAUCAGGACAUACACUACAUUCCUUUGAUGAGACGAUAUGGGCCUUGGUUCUAG